AUGAAUGCGAUACUUGCAGUUGCGGCCGCGGUGGCCUCCACAGCUGUGCGGCUUGACAUUGCCAAUCAGCCGGCAGCUGCGCGCUGCCCUGGCGACGUGAUUCUAGCCGUUUACGGGAGAUCAGACUACAACGAGAAUAUCGAUGACAGUACCUGGCUGGACGAUGACAUGGUGAACAUGAUUGGCGGAUAUCCUAUCUUCCAACAACACACGGCCCAGGGCAAGCGAUUCCAGUACCACGUUGGAUGCAACUUUCAAACCCAACGACCCGCCUUAUACUACGAGGAGGUAACUGAGACUGGCCAGGGCGUGCCAAACACUUUCGCAGUUAUUCCGCUGAAAGAUACGGAGCCCUUGCGCGUCUACGUGGGACAGUAUGGCCCAGAAGUUGUGGAGUUUGCGUGGACUACGCUGCUCAUGGAUGUUUUGGUGGAUGGGGUGGUGACCCUGCAAGAUGGACACGGAUUCAAGCCGCCGCCACCUCCCAGCAUGAGGACCACAACGACGUCCCCAAGGACUGUACAGCCAAGCUCUGCGUGGCGAAGGGCGAAGAUGCUCCUCUCAGGAGAAAACUCCAAAACAUCAGAGACCACCGAGUCCAAGAGUACAGGCAAAGAGGAAGACGAUGAGGCUUCGGAAGCUUCCGACGCCGACUCCGAUAUAGUUGACAUCAAAACCGGAGAUGGUGUGCAAAGAGCGAUCCAGCUAGACCCCGCGCGUCACAGCAAGGAGAGCGAGGCCCACAACGCUGACGUCCAGACAGAGUUGACACAGAAGCUGCCCGACCUGAAUUUCUGCCAAAGAACAGUCACGCUUGAACUCGUUGGUACGAUGGAGAGGAAUGCUCAGCAGCAAUCCGUCCUCAAAGCCGUGCACACAAAAGUGAAGGUGCCCCCAGAGUACUACACCAAGCUUGGAGGAUUGAGGAUCUUUGCCAAAAAAGCACAAGGACGGGUUGAUAAGAUCUACUAUCUCCGCUGUGAUUUCACCAAUGGACAGCCCCUCCUGAUCAUGCGCCAAGGUGGUGACGUAGAGGUCAGGCGUUUUAACUUCAAGUGGUGGAGGACAUCCUCUGUUCAGGAGUCUAUCGGAGAGCACUUGGAUCUCUUGGCGGAUCCCGUCUCAGUCCCCUAUCCUGUGGUGAAAGGCUAUGUUACCGUGACACCCGACUGA